CGUGGUGCGCGCGGUCCGCGGGAGGUUUUUUCAGAAUUUCAUCGGUGUUUUGGAUAUUAAACUCACUGCGAGCACUGUUUGUGGCGCGAUGGCACUGAAGAUUACCGGCAAGGCCGAGGGUCAGCUGCAGCUGCAUCUGAUCACGAAGCAGAAGCAGUUUGCCGUUCCGGAUGUUCCGUACUCGAUUCGGGCGAACGUGAGCACGAAGGAGCUGAACGUGUUGGUUAAUACGUUGCUGAAGGAUGCUGGGAAUGCGGAAGCGGGGAAGGUUGAGUUUGACUUUUUGCUGAAUGGCGAGUUUGUGAAGAUUCCGCUGGGGCAGCACUUGAAGGAGCGGGACGUUUCGUUUGAGGACACUGUUGAGUUGGAGUAUGUCGAGCGGUACCCGGCUCCGGAGCCGCAGGAUUGUUUGCUGCACGAUGAUUGGGUUUCGGCGGUGGAGGCGCGUGGUAAUUGGAUUUUGACCGGAUGUUACGACAAUACGUUGAACCUGUGGACCACGAAGGGCAAGCACAAGCUGACGAUUCCGGGUCACAUUGCGCCGGUGAAGGGCGUCACGUGGAUUUCGUUGGACGAGGAGAAGGGAGUUUUUGCGAGCGCCUCGCAGGAUCAAACGGUGAUGCUUUGGGAGUGGAACGUGGCGGCCAAUUCCGUCGAGUGCGUCCAGGUUUGCAAGGGCCACGAGCGUGGAGUGGACUGUAUUGCGGCGAACGAUAGCAAGAGUAAGAUGGCCACCGGAAGUUGGGACACGAUGUUGAAGAUUUGGUCGACGGACGUGAGGAGUGGCGGCGGCGAUUCGGAACCUUCCACGAGCAAGCGGCAAAAGUUGGACCAGGGAAGUGCACGGACGCCACUGAUGACACUUGCCGGCCAUCGGGAGUGCAUUUCCGGUGUGCAGUGGAUCGACGACAACACGCUCGUAACGUCCUCGUGGGAUCACACGAUCAAGAUUUGGGACCUGGCGCUGAACGGAAUCAAGUCGGAGAUUUCCGGCAACAAGUCGUUCUUCGAUUUGAGCUACUCCAAGUUGAACGGGCUGAUCAUCACGGCGUCACCGGACAAGAACCUGCGGCUGUACGAUCCCAAGUCGAACCAGGGCACCCUCGUCAAGAACACCUACCUCGGCCACACGCAGUGGGUCCAGUCGGUCCGCUGGAGCACCACCAACGAGUAUCUGUUCGUUUCGGGCGCGUACGACAACCACGUCAAGCUGUGGGACUACCGCAGUCCGAAGGCGCCGAUCUUCGAGCUGAUUGGCCACGAGGACAAGGUUCUGGCCUGCGACUGGUCCAACCCGCGGUACAUCCUGUCCGGCGGAUCGGACAACUCGGUGCGCGUCUUCAAGAGCAAAAUCGCCAUUGGCGGUGAAAAGUGAGGGGAGUUUGGGUUGGAAUAACCCAAGAAAGCAAACAGAGCACUUUGGAAUUUAUCAUAAAUAAACAGAAUAAUUCAA